AUGAGGUUUCCAGAUUACUACUUCUUUCCUGAAAGACGUUUGGUAAACCAUAAAAUUGUAACUAAAUACGUCAAAGACUUGGAUCGCUGUGAGCUUUUCUGCUACAUGAACGACAACUGCGUCAGUGCUAACUUCAAAAAAGAUCCCGAGGAUGAAGGAAUCGCUUAUGUCUGUGAACUGAAUAACGCCACUCAUCUUGAAUAUGAUACUGACCUGAUAACUGAUGCCGCUUUUUAUUAUCGUGGCUCAAAGGUAAAAUUUUUAGCAUAAGUCAAAUUCAGCAAUUAGACGCUUAUCGAUGAAUCUUGAAACCAGCCGACGUGUAAUAAAACUUCCGUUCGUUCAUUCAUCUAUCUUUUUUUUAAUACAUCGAUCUUUCUUCUUUCCUCUUUUUUUUCUUUUCUUUUCAGAACGCUUGCAGUAGAAACCUACUGUGUCAAAAUAAUGCAACUUGUCAGUCCGGUUUCACAAUCAAGGGAUAUCGAUGCUCGUGCCCUUCUGGAUUUGAAGGAGAACAUUGCGAAAAAGGUUAA